CAUUUCACAACACUCAAACAAAACUCCCAAGUUUUUCCACAUCCCCAAAAAAAAAAAAAAAAAAAAAAACACCACUUUACACUCACUCCUUUCAUUAUUAUUAUUAUUACUUCUUUUUCAUUCUUUUCUUUCUUAGAUUUUUCCUCAAAAACCACAAAUUCUAAAAAGAGAAACAGAGAGAGAUUGCUGCAUUUUCUUAAUGGAAGCUCUCUCUGUUCCUCUUUACAUAACAAUAUUAUUCCUUUUUCUUUUCACUUUCUUUUCCAUUUCAUUUCUUAAAAGAUCAAGAAAUGAAAACUCUAAAUCCCAAAAUUCUCUUAAGCUUCCUCCUGGUUCCAUGGGAUUACCUUGGAUUGGUGAAACUUUGCAACUCUAUUCUCAAGAUCCCAAUAUCUUUUUCUCACAGAAACAGAGAAGAUAUGGUGAAAUUUUUAAGACCAAUAUUUUGGGAUGUCCUUGUGUCAUGUUGGCAAGCGCAGCCGCAGCACGGUUUGUUUUGGUGACAAACGCCCAUUUAUUCCGACCGACUUACCCGAAAAGUAAAGAGACGAUGAUCGGACCGGCGGCGCUUUUCUUUCACCAAGGAAAUUACCAUUCUAACCUCAGGAAGCUUGUUCUUAACUCUCUGUCUCUUGAACGUCUCAGAACUCUUGUUCCUUCUAUAGAAGCCGCCGCCAUUUCCGCCACCGAUUCUUGGGCCGCCGCCGGCCACGUCAUCAACACCUUCCGUGAAAUGAAAAAGUAUUCAUUCGAGGUGGGAAUUAUAGCAGUGUUUGGAAAGCUAGAAAAUGAGUACAAAGAGAAGCUAAAACAAAAGUAUUGCAUAUUAGACAAAGGCUACAAUUGUUUUCCCACCAGAUUACCAGGAACAGCAUAUUCAAAAGCAUUAUCAGCAAGGAAGAAGCUUAGGGAGAUUCUGGGAGAGAUAAUAAUGGAAAGAAGAGAAAAAAGAGUAACAGAGAGAGAUUUCGUUGGUCAUCUUUUGAACUAUAGAGAUGAAAAUGGUGAAAGUUUAAGUGAAGAUCAAAUCGCUGACAAUAUCAUCGGAGUUCUAUUCGCCGCCCAAGACACCACCGCCACUGUCCUCACUUGGAUCCUUAAAUAUCUUCACGACAACUUCAAACUUUUCGAGGCUGUUAAGGCAGAGCAGAUGGAAAUUUAUAGAAGAAAUGGAGAAGGAAAGAUGCCUCUGUCUUGGGGUCAGAUUAAGGACAUGCCCUUCACUCAUAGGGUUGUAUUAGAGAGCUUGAGGAUGGCUAGCAUCAUAUCCUUCACUUUUAGGGAGGCAGUGGUUGAUGUAGAAUAUAAAGGGUACCUUAUCCCAAAGGGUUGGAAGGUGAUGCCUUUAUUCAGGAAUAUUCAUCACAACCAUGAGUACUUCCCUGACCCUCAUAUAUUUGAUCCCUCUAGAUUUGAGGUGGCUCCAAGGCCCAAUACAUUCAUGCCAUUUGGCAAUGGAGUACAUUCUUGCCCUGGAAAUGAACUUGCCAAGCUGGAGAUCCUCAUAUUGCUUCAUCACCUCAUUACCAAAUUUAGGUGGGAAGUAGAGGGAUCACAAAGUGGGGUUGAAUAUGGGCCAUUCCCGAUGCCUCUCCAAGGCCUACCCUCCAGAUUUUUCAAACAGACAACAACCAACCGAUAGCCUUUCAUUUCAUUAUUAUUCAUAUAAUAAAAAUCCAUAUCAUUUUAUUUUUCUAAAUCUUCCAACCAAUUAUUAUAUUAUGAUUCUGCCCUAGCUUCUUCACCUAAACCCUCUUUCUUUUUACCCCUCUUAUCAAUGCUUGUAUUGAUUUUUAUUUCGAGUAUUGAGAAAGAAAGGGAUGUAUUUUCUUAUUUGUUGUCUCUUAUCAUCGGGAGUCUUUUGCUUAUUGUGUAUUAUUCUAUUAUCAUGUAACACUCUAGUUCAUAUGAGAUAAUUAAAUGGAGAAGAAAUUACUUUUUGAUUA